UCGGUUUGGCAUUGAACCAGAGGCCUGGUUAGUCCAAUACAAGUGAGGAGAAGGUGAUUCAGGCUUUUAAUGAUCUCGCUGUGAUGUUGUCAGAGCAUAGAAAUAGAUUGGAGGAGAGGAAGUGAAUCUAGAUAAGGAGAAUGGGCAUCCUGUUUGAAGCUUUCCCUGUUGUCACUUCACAUCAUCCUUUAGGAGUGUUACAGUGCCUUGGAGAACCAUAAAGAUGCAGGGUAAAAGCUUAGGGACGUCAGUCAUAUCUGUGACUUUCAUAUUGAAUGUGGUCUCUUCCCAAAGCGGUAUACUGGGUAUUGCCAGUACUGAGACAAUGGCCUUCAAUACAAGUGUUCAACCCAGUGGAACAAUUCAACAGAGUGUAACAGGUCAAUCUAGUAUAAAAGUUACACAACCGAGUGCAAUUGUUCAAUCAAGUGCAUCAAUGGAGCAUUGGCCACAGAAUGGAACAAUAACCCAUCAAUCGAGUGCAGCUAAGAUACAAUCAAGUGCAACAGAUACACAACUGAGUGCAACAAUAUUACAACAGAGUAUAAAAACUCACACAAGUUCAAUUAUACAACCAAGUGCAACAAUAAAGCAACUGAUUGAAUCAGAUACCAGUGUAAUAUUAACAAGACCAUUUGAAACAAAUCUUAUAUCAUCAACAAUUGUUUAUCAAAGUGCAACAUUUAUGGAUUUAGAUUCAAGUAGUGCAAUUUCAAAAUCAACUUGGUUCGAAUAUUUGGAAACUAUGAGAGAACCAUUUAGCAUAAUGCCAACUCACACACAGUAUUUGUCGAGCAGUGAAUACAAAUCCAAGGUGACAGAAAUGGAAGUUAUCUCUAAAAGUUCAACAUUAAUAACCCCUUUGUUGACCCAUACAGCUGAAAGCAUCUCAACUGGGACUAUUUCUCCCAUAACCACAUCACCAAUACAUUCAACUUCAAUCUUAGACUCACCCAUUAUGAAAAACAGUUCAAUGUGGUGGCCAACCCAAAGUAAAGGACUUAGCUCAAUCAGUGCUGCAGACAUCACCACAGUGGUUCCUAACCCAUGCCAGUCAUCUCAUAGCAAUACGCCAUCAAAUAGUACAUCAUCCCCGCAGGAAGUGAAUUGCACCCUGGGUCCAACAUCUUCACCUAUACAUUCAUAUCCCACCGAGCGCUGGUCGCUAGGAGCAAUCAUUGGUACAAUCCUUGGAAUUGCCUCCUUUAUAUUAAUCAUAGGUGGUAUAGUGGCAUACAUGCUAUACUGUAGACGCAGUAGACGUAAGAUUGAAAUGAACAAAGAUACAACAACCAGCUAUGGGUUCAGUUACUUCUCUACCAACUGGGGCGAUAGUGUCACUAGUCUGAAUUACCUCAGUACCAACAUACCAUUGCCAAAGGAGAAUGAGGAUGAGAUGGUUUCAGUGGAUGAUGACGCCUUCUUGAACAGCUUAGACAGUUCAACAUUCGCAAACUUCUGGAAUGACCCCAACAUGAAGAACACUAGGGUUUAAAGUUCUUGAUCAGCCCAAAACUAGAGAUCAACAUUCAAUAUGACAUUUUAAAGUGUUAAUUUAUAGAGUAUUUCCUAUUUGCAGAUUUAUAUUUUCAAUAUUAUAUAAUACUAGGAAAAUUGAAACAGCAUAAUUGAUAUUUUCCCUCUUAAACCAAAUACUGUAUUCCAUUGUGUGAUCAACAGCAAGUAUUAUCCUUUGGAAUA